AUGGAAGUAGCACAAGGAAUGCACAUGAAAGGAGGUGAUGGAGAAGAAAGUUAUGCAAACAACUCAAUUAUUUUUCAGGGAAAUGUGAUUUCUUCUACAAAGCUCAUAAGGGAGGAAGCCAUAACUAGCUUAUACUCCAGCACACUCCCCGGAAGCCUUGCAAUUGCAGAUUUAGGUUGUUCUUGUGGACCAAACACUUUGUCUGUGGUAUCAGAAGUUAUCCAUGUUGUGGAGAACCUUAGCAAAAAGUUGAAUCAUUCAUCUCCCGAAUACAAAGUAUAUUUGAACGAUCUUGCAGGAAAUGACUUCAACAGCGUCUUUAGAUCACUCGAUAACUUCAAAGAGAAGCUACGAGAUGAAACAAAAACUAAAAUAGAUCGCUGCUAUUUCUUUGGAGUCCCUGGUUCUUUCUAUGGAAGACUUUUUCCUGACCGGAGUUUGCAUUUCGUCCAUUCUUCUUACAGCGUUCAUUGGCUGUCUAAGGUUCCUGAAGGAAUAGAAAAUAGUAAGGGUGCCAUUUACAUCAACGAAACGAGUCCUUUGAAUGUUACUAAAGCUUACUAUAAGCAAUUUGAAAGAGACUUCUCAGUUUUCAUCAAGUGUCGCGCAGAGGAAAUAGUUGAAGGAGGUCGCAUGGUGUUAUCGAUUUUAGGAAGAAGAGGUGAUGAUCCAUUCAGUAAGGAAAGUUGUGACCUAUUGAAUCUUUUGGCCACUGCUCUUAAUCACAUGGUCUUAAAGGGACUUAUUGACGAAGAUAAAGUGAAUACUUUCAAUAUCCCAAAUUAUUAUCCAUCUCGAAAUGAAGUGAAGUUGAGUAUUCUCGAGGAAGGAUCAUUUGCGAUCAAUCAUGUGGAGUUCUCAGAAGUAGAUUUAAAUAAUUCUGGUGAAUCAUUACAUGACAGUGGAUAUAAUGUUGCGCAAGCUAUAAGGGCUGUGUUUGAACCUUUGCUAGUUAGUCACUUUGGUGAAGCUAUCAUCGACGAUGUUUUUCAGCGAUAUCACGAAAUCGUGGUAGAUCAAAUGUCCAGGGAGAAAAUGCAGACUGUUUACUUCACCAUAUCAUUGACAAGGAAAGCACAAUAA